UUUUAGAAAACGUGGACAUGGAAAUAAAAAAAGCUUUCUCUUAUGGACUUAAAUACAAUUCUAACCAACAAAUUUUGAUGUUGAGGAAACUGAUCAUUUCUAGUUUGAUCAAUGGACAUCAUUUGGGGCUACGUCAAUACAUGAAUUCGAACAAAUCACUUUUACCGCUUAACGUAAAAAAGAAUUUACUUGAUGCGUUAUAUGGGAAAGUUAAUAAACAUCUAAUUACAUUAUUAGAUCUGAAUAAGCAAUACAGAUUUCUUAUAAUAGAAAAUGUGAAGUAUUUUGAAAAGGUUUUAAGACAACACAAUAAAAACAUCCAUAAAAUCGUGCAGGGAUCUUGUAGUUUUGAAGAUACUGAAGGUUUAUUUUAUGAAGUUAUUGAAGAGAUAGAAGGAAAUACUAAAUAUAACAAUGAUAUGGAAAUACGUUAAAAAGUAAUUGAAGUGUGAAAAAUAACUUGUUUUGCUGAGCAGAAUUUAAG